AGCCAGUAUGUAAAACUCUCACAAGAAUUUGACAUAAGAGUUCUCAAAAGCAAAACUGCAUAAAACUGGAGACGCCCAAACUAGGUCAUUUCUCAUCUGUUGGCACAGCAGGUGUUACUCUGAUGUUGAAUUUCAAUGUCUCCUUUGAUUUAGUUCUGAACUGCUUUGACGGAAUUCGAGAGCGCAAUGGGAAAUACUGUGAAAACUCCAAGAGCAUCUGAAGAAACAAAUGUGCAGAGCCAAACGGGUCAGGAGAGUGACUUCCUUGCUGUCCUCUAUGACUAUCCCUCAGCAGACAUAAGCCAGCCUAUAUUUCAUGUAGGGGAAAAAUUACGUGUGCUAUCAGAUGAAGGAGGAUGGUGGAGAGUCCAUUCCCUUACAACAGGUCGAGAAAACUAUAUUCCAGGAAAAUAUGUAGCAAAGGUUUACCAUGGCUGGUUAUUUGAAGGGCUGGGAAGAGAAAAAGCAGAGGAACUUCUACAGCUACCCAACACCAAAGUCGGCUCCUUCAUGAUCAGAGAGAGUGAAACUAGGAAAGGGUUAUAUUCCUUGUCGGUGCGGCACAGGCAAGUGAAACAUUACAGGAUCUUCCGCCUCCCAAAUAACUGGUAUUACAUCUCCCCACGGCAAACCUUUCAGUGCCUUGAAGACCUUGUGAAUCACUACUCAGAAGUUGCUGAUGGUCUCUGCUGUGUCCUCACAACACCUUGUCUUACCCAGUGCACUAACAACAACACCGUGAUGAAUCAAGUUCCUCCUGUGGUUAUGCGGAAUAAAAACUUCAACUGGAGAAACAUUCACAGGCUGGAGGUGACAGAAGACACCAGAAGCACCCUGACAACAAUGGAUGACUCCUGUCUCAGCUAUGGCCUGAGGGAAAGUAUUGCUUCCUACCUCUCCUUAACAGAGGAUGACAACACUUCUUUUACAAGUGCCAGAAAGAAGAAAGCUCAAUCUCUUAUAUACACAGGGAACAAACGUAAGAGUGCCCUUUACUUACCACCCACAUACUAUGAAGACUAAGCAUAAGACAACCAG